AGGGAGAGAAAGAAGGACCGAGCAAGAGAAGAGAGAGAUCUAACAAGAUUCAAACUAGUGGUCUUUUUCCCCCGAUGCUUUCCAAUUGCAGAAGGAGACUGAGCCCGGCAUCGGACGGUGAGCGGGGCGCAACGGGCAACAACAGGACACACCACAGGAGGAGAUGUGAAGUUGGAAUCCCACUAAACUAAUGCUGUGAAGUGGCUCCGUCCCUGGAGCCAAGACUUCAUCCCCUUGGUGUCAGCGAGUAUGCUGUGGGUUACCUUGCUGAGCACCAUAGCCCUAGGAUGGACCACCCCGAUCCCACUGCUGGAGGACUCCGAAGAGAUCGACGAGCCCUGCUUCGAGCCCUGCUACUGCGAAGUCAAGGAGGGCAUCUUCCACGUCCACUGUGACAGUAAAGGAUUUACAAAUGUCAGCCAAAUCUCCCAGAUAUGGAGCCGGCCCUUCAAGCUCAACCUGCAGAGAAACUCCAUGAGGAAGCUUUACUUUAACAGCUUCCUCCAUCUCAACAAUGCCAUAUCCAUUAAUCUGGGUAAUAACGCUUUGCAAGAUAUCCAUGCUGGAGCGUUCAAUGGCUUAGGAAUACUCAAGCGGCUGUUCCUACAUGAAAACAAACUAGAGGUUUUCCGGAAUGACACUUUUCUGGGAUUGGAGAGUUUAGAAUAUCUCCAGGCGGACUACAACGUUAUCAAAAGGAUUGAAAGUGGGACGUUCAGGCACCUCCACAAGUUGAGAGUGCUGAUAUUAAAUGACAAUCACAUCCCUGUGCUCCCAAAUUAUCUUUUCCGGUCCGUAGCACUCACUCAUCUGGACUUAAGAGGGAACAGACUAAAGACUUUGCCGUAUAAGGGCACACUGGAGUAUGUUGGGAGGAGCUUAAUGGAAAUUCAGCUGGAGGAGAACCCCUGGAACUGUGUGUGUGAGAUUGUCCAGUUAAAGACGUGGCUGGAGAGAAUCCCUUACACAGCGUUGGUGGGUGAGAUUACGUGCGAGUUCCCAUUCCACUUACAUGGGAAAGACUUACGGGAAAUCAAGCGCAGUGAGCUCUGUCCUCUGCUCUCUGAUGCAGAGAUUGAGGCCAAGCUGGGAAUUCCCCGAGUCCCCUUUAGCAAUGAGAACACAUGGCCUACUAAACCGUCCUCCAUGCUCUCCUCUUUUCACAACACAGCGUCUUCUGUGGAAUAUAAGGAACGAGUUCUCAAGCCAACCAAACGACCCCGGCCCACAAAGAAUCCUCCAACCCCACACAGCGUAUACCCAGGCAUCAAUCAACCCCCUGUUCACGGCUACCAAACAAGGCCUCCCAUCCCCAUCAUUUGUCCAGCUGGAUGUAUCUGCAACCUCCACAUCAACGACCUGGGGCUAACGGUGAACUGUAAAGAGAAAGGCUUUCACAACAUCUCUGAGCUCCUGCCACGGCCCCUAAAUGCCAAGAAAUUGUAUCUCAGUGGGAACCUGAUACAGAAAAUCUACCGUUCCGAUUUCUGGAAUUUCUCCAGUUUGGAUUUACUGCAUUUAGGGAAUAAUCGCAUAUCCUAUGUCCAAGAGGGGGCAUUCAUCAACCUCCCAAACCUAAAAAGUCUAUAUUUGAAUGGGAAUGACAUUGAGAGGCUCACUCCUGGGAUGUUUCGAGGGCUUCAGAUGCUCAGUUAUCUUUACUUUGAGUAUAAUGUCAUACGUGAGAUACAACCUAAUUCCUUCUCCCUAAUACCGAAUCUCCAGCUGGUUUUCCUGAAUGACAAUCUGCUCCGCUCCCUCCCCAAUGACGCCUUUGCUGGCACCAACCUUGCACGGCUCAACCUCCGCAGCAACUACUUCCUCUCCCUGCCCGUGCGCGGCGUUCUGGAGCAUCUGACAUCCAUUGUCCAGAUUGAUCUCCAUCAGAACCCAUGGGACUGCUCCUGUGAUAUCAUCCCCCUCAAACAGUGGGUGGAAAAGCUCUCCUCUGUAAUUGUAGUCGGGGAUGUCAUUUGCAAGACACCUGACUUUGCUUUCGGCAAGGACCUGCGAUCGCUGGAGGUCGAGGUCAUCUGUCCUGAGCUUAAAUAUUCUUCAGGGCCUUCGCCAGCCCUGCCCGGUGGGGAUGACCUCACCACAGGCAGCUCUGAAAUGGGGGAGGCAGGUGGAAGAGGAGCUGUUCCACUGUCUGUUCUCAUCCUCAGCCUACUCAUCCUCUUCAUAUCUGCCGUGUUUGUGGCUGCGGGGCUUUUUGCUUUUGUUCUGCGUCGCAGGAAGAAGCUGCCCUUCCGGAAACGUUCUGAAGUAGAUCUGACGGGGCUACAGAUGCAGUGCAGGAUUUUUGAGGAUCCACCGGGGCAGAGUAGUGCCUGUAACACAGGCACACCAGAGAAACCGACACCCAGUAUUCAUACACACACCCACAGUAGUCAUGCACAUGCCCAUGGUCACGUUUAUGACUACAUCCCCCACCCGGUGACUCAGAUGUGUAACAACCCCAUCUACAAGCCUAGAGAGGGGGAGAUAGCAGAGGAGGACAGAGCACACUUUUCAGAGAAAAAAGACAAUGGCAUCAGUUGCAACAGUAACUACAGAACCUUAUUAGAGAAAGAGAGAGAGUGGACCCUGGCCGUCUCCAACUCUCAACUCAACACCAUCGUCACAGUCAACCACUCCGCGGCUGACAUGGCAGGAUUUCAUGAGAAUGGAGGGCUCUGCCCUACAGUGAUUGACAGUCAGAGGCCCACGCCGACAGUGGGCUUCGUAGACUGUUUGUAUGGGACUGUACCAAAAUUAAAGGACAUGCACGUGGCGCAUGCGCACCCACCAGGCAUGCAGUACCCUGAUUUGCAGCAGGAUGCACGGCUGAAGGAGACAUUGCUUUUCACUGCGGGGAAAGGCUGCUACCCUGACCCGUCCCAAAGCGAUUACCUCGAGUUAAGGGCCAAACUUCAAACCAAGCCGGAUUACCUCGAAGUCUUGGAAAAAUCGUACCGAUUUUAACAUCCCACGGAGAAAAAAAAACUCAAUUUAUGAAUUCAAACAUUCACUCUGCCACCUAAAUCACCCAAAACCAAUACUGGAAAACAAACAUGAAAAAGCAGCAUGAUAUAAAAUUAAAUAUUAUAUUACAGUUACAACAACAUUUCCCCCGAAAUCAUUUUGGAGGAGAGGCCAUUCUCAGAUAUCUCAAUGAAGUGCCUUUUUUUCAGAGUAGCCAGCAAUGUCAACAGCCGUUAUUUUUAUAAUAUAUAAAAAUAUAUAUAUCUAUAUAUAUAUAUAUAAAUAUCUCUUUAUGCCCAAGAGAGACCAAGAGAAGAACGAGAGGGGCCAGGGAAUAAAAUAUACAAAACAUCCUAAAAUACAUCUGUUACUAAAACACCUUUUUAUGGAGUUACCAUGAUGUGGAAGACAAACGGGAGCUGGACGUCUCCCUUAUUUGGGGUUUUUCUUUCUGCCUCUUUUACCCCUGACUAGGAUGUACAAACACCCGGAGGCCAUGCACAUGAAGAUUGCAGGAAGUGAUUGAAAGAGAGAGAAAAAAAAAAUAAGAAUACCUAUGUUAAAAUGAACUGCAGUUUGCUGCAUGCACUCGCUUCACUUCAGGAAGCGAGGGGGGAUUUAUUCAGAACUAUCACAUCACAUUAUGAACUGAGAAACUGCAACACAUUUACUGUUCAGUGUUCUAUUUAAUUUUUAUAUCUUAUUAAUAUGUUAUUACUAUUAAUGAGGACUUCUGUCUAUAUCAGGGUGCUUCUCGUAACAAGGACGCGCCGACGCACGGAUGGUCAAACAUUUGUGAAUAUUAUUAUAAGACAAUGCUCAAGGUUUUAUGGAUAUUCCCAUGCACUUCGUUAAGACCCCCCUCUCAUUGCUUCUGGAUUCGCCAUUAUCACCCACUAACGGCUUUGUAGGAGGCACUUUUAAUGUUUUCUCUCUCACAAAGAUUUGAAGAAAAAUGUGCAUAUAUUUAUUCUGUAAUUUCAGUGAAGAAUUUAAUUGUAAAGGUAAUGUUAAAUCAAUGUAUAGUGAUUAUGCGUCUGGUAUAGCCUUCUUAAUAAAAACAAACUCUUCAAUGAAAUGAUGAAAAGGUUUGAUGCCACGGGAACCUGUUUGUGGAGCGCUGCUGAACCAUCAUGAGAUAAUACUGAGGAGGAAUGGAGGAAUAGCUUCUGAACCAAUGGAGUGCGAGACAGGAAUGUAGUGGAGGGCAAUAACAUUUAAGCUGUUCAUUAUUAUUUUCAGAUUAGAACCAAAUUAAACAGUAUGGGAAGAAAAGGGCGGACAAAGUGUUAUUUCUUUUCUGGAAAUUUCGUAUUUCCAUUUUUAGUUAUUUCCUCUAAUCAGCACCUGCUGGAUCUCAUGCUGUGCAAUUUCUUUUUUUACCUGCCACUACAUUGUUGAUUCCAGUUGGAUGUAAUCUAAAAGGUAAAAGAUAAAGAAAAACGCUAUGCCAGAACAAGCUGAAUGAAUGCUGCUGGUGUUGAAGUGGAUGAGAAGAGAGGAUAUACCAAAUCAGUGAGGCGUGCUGCGAUUUUCAUUACCUAAACGGGUACUACUGAUUUAGGCUAAUAAACAGUAAUUGAGGGGGCGAGUGAAAACGUGAUUGGAAGUAGCUCUUGGAAUUUGCGCAUCUAAUUUCUGACUCCCCCCUUGAAGUGGCAGUGUUGGUUCACUCCACUGGGGGGCGAUAAACAGGCGCUCAGAUUUUCAUAUUUGGAUGCAGGUACAAUGUAAUGCACAAUUUGUUUAUUCCUAGAGGUCAUCGAGUCUCACAUUUAGAAUGAAACACUGUCAAAAUACCUAUAUAUAAAAACCAACAUGUGGCAUAAGAUGAUUUUCUUCAUUUUGGUUUCAUCUGCUUCAUGGUCAUUCUUUUCCCUAACGUUUUUCAACCACUUAUUUAAAAAAAAUAUAUAGCAGAAUAAAGCAGGUUUUUCGAGCUGUAUCACCAAUUGAAACAUUAUUUAAAACAACCUAAACUCAGCAGUGCUUUCAUAUAUUGAUAUUUCUUAUUUUGUUGAGGCUUGUUAAUUACUGACUGAUAUUUGUGCAUUGAUAUUCAUAGUGGUAGAUUAGUCAUCAACCGUCUCCCUCCACAGCAGCCAUCGUUGCUGAUCUUUUUGCUGUCGCACUUUUUAAUAUUUUCCUAUCCCAGCGCGAUUCUGUUUUGGGACCCCAUAAAGAUUGAAGCAGCUGGUGAGAAAACAUGGUAUUACAUCAUCAUCAUAGUGCUCUUUCCUUUUCUCUUUACUAAGGUGAACAAAUAUGAUGUGAUGUCUAUAAAAAUGCGAUUCUCUAUUAAAAGGAGGGUGCUUUUCUGUGUUGUUUUAAAAAUGGGAACAAUAUGCAAUUUGCUUUGAUUGGUGGUGAUCCUCUUUUGAAUUUGGGUGUUCUAGUUUUUCACAUGUGUCAGCUAACUAUGACUGGAAGAUAUGUAGCAAACCACAUACUUCCCUGUUCACUGAGAAGAUCCUUAGUCUAGUCCUUCCCAGUACAGAUCAUCCACGAACCAGUCUAUACGUUUGAAAUAUGGAAUUUUUUUACCUUGUGUUGUACUCAUGGUUUUAUUUUUUCACAAUUACUGUUGCUCAAAUGAGUCGAGUUCACCUUCACAUAAAGCCUUUGUAAGCACGGCAGCAUUAAGUCAAGGCUCGUUUGUUUUCAACUCGCAGAAUCUUUCCCAAUACUGUACUCCCCCUCCAUGUUCUGCUGCCCCACUUCAUUUCAAUGCUUCUUUUUUCCCCACUUAUCACUACACACACACACACACACACACACACACACACAAACAAACACAUACACACAUAACAACAUGGUCAGCAUUUUCAGUAUAUGCACUCACUUUGAUUAAAAACAUAAUGCAUUACUCUGUAAACCCUUACCCUCAUCAACCCCCCCCCCCCAAACUCCCCCAAAUGAAUAAAUAAAAUAAAGUUUUGGGAUCAUUGAUGAUUUUGCUAUA